AUGGACGGUGGGACCCAGACCCUGGCGCUUGGGGAGGCUGAUGCCAGCUGGGAGCUCAUCAGGGACAAGGUGAUCGAGGAGCGCUUCGGGCCGACGGUGGUGCCCGUCCCCUUCCUGGAAGACGCCGCCUCCUACGACCUGCUGACCGUCCUCAUCAAGAAGCCCCAGCUGGGGCAGAGCCUCCUGCGCCGGCCGCGCUGCCUGGUGCCCGUCGGGCCCCUGGAGAACCUGCUGCACGGGGCCACGGCCGCCCGGGAGCUGACCCACUGCACCCGCGAGUACAACGCCCGGGUGCGGGGCGAGUCGCGCUACGAGGAGACGCGGCUGGUGGACGGGGCCCUGCGGCACAUCCACCUGACCCUGGCCGGCGUCCACAAGAAGGUGGCCUUCCUGGUCCUGCGGCCCGGGGCGGUGGCCCUGCGGCCGGACCUGCCCUGGCUGCGCGGCCAGAGCAGCCUCUACAUCAUCUACGAGGUCUUCUACUGCGGCAGCCUCGGCCUGGCCGUGGCCCAGGGGGCCGAGCACCGCGCCCUGCAGCUGGAGCAGCCCCUGCCCGUGGCCUUCUCCUGCCUCAAGUUCGCCCUCAGCAGCAAGGGGGUGCUGGGCUCCCAGAAGCCCAUGGGCCACAGCCUGCCCGCCAGGGCCGCC